GGCAGGCAAUGGAAGAUGAGAAGAGAAUGGAGUGGAAGUUAAGGAUGAUGAGGGAGAAGAAGAAGAGGGUGGAUGCAGCAAGUGAAGCGGUCAAAGAGUUAGAGGAGGUGCAGAAACUGACUCUACAGUUGACCCCUCAAGUGGACCUCCAACGAAAGGUAGAGAUCAUUGCCCAGAGUGUCGAGCGCUUGGCCCGAGUACAGGAGGAACAAUACGAGUUUAGUAGAAGCCAGGACAUGGUUGUGCGCUCGAUGCGACUGGGAUUUCGGGAUUUUGCCCGCGAACUGGUAGGCGCAGUAGGGGCCGAGGUGAACCAUCGCCUCGAAAAGACCGAACGAUUCUGCGUUGGCGCCAUUGAAGGCGUCAAGGCGACAACUCCCAAGGAGGAAGAAGCACGUCCUCGUAGGGAGCCAGUCAAGGUCAAGUUCCCUGAUUCCUACAGUGGAAAGAGGGAAGAAAACUUUGACAAUUGGGAGGCCAAUGCCAAGACCUAUGUGCAUUUGCAACAGGUCUCCCCGGAUCAGCACGUCUUGAUUGCGAUCCAUGCGCUUAGAGAUGAGGCUGCCAGUUUCGCAAGGUCCCUAGUCCGCUCUGCCAACUGCAACGAUGAUGCAGUUGCUUACUCGUCAUUCACCCCCCUCGUAGAUUUCAUGAAGUUGUUGCGCGAGCGAUUUGCUAAUGUCGCCCGCAAUGUCAAAGCCUCUGAUAGGCUUCAGACCAUCCAUUCUCGUCAAUGGAAGAGUGCCAGGGCACUCAAGGGUGUUAUGGACGAAUGGGUAGCUGUUCCUGACCAUGGGGUCACAAAGACCCAGUUGGUCAACCUCUUCUAUAGGGCUAUGCCCGAAUCGCUGCGUGGCCACUUCUUUGCGAAGAGUCAAGAUCCUGCAAUGACGCACGAUGCACUUAGCAGGGAAGCGGUGGCCUUUGAGGGAAGUCUGUGCGUGGCUGAAGAAUUGAAGGAGAGGAUGCCCGCCUGGGCCAAGAUGAAAAAGGAGAAUAAAGGGCAGCUUAUAUUAGUAGAUACAGAGAUUUUUAGAGGACGAGCAGGCGCCUUAGUGGAUAGUGGAGCCACUCGUAGUUAUAUUAGUAGGAAGGCGCUACAGAAGCUGAAGUUGCAGUUAAAGGUCCAAAGACUAGCAGACCCCAUAGUUAGUAUCCUCGCGGACAAUCGCACCAUGCGAGUGGAGGAAUACGUAGAGGGAGUCCAAGCAUAUUUCCGCCUAGAACAGGAUGGGAGGGUGGAGAAGGUCCUCCAUUCCCUGACUCUCCUCGUAGAGGAUAGCCUCCCGUUUGACAUAGUCCUAGGUAUGGACUGGGGAGAGGCAGCAGGGACCACACUCCAUUUGAGAGAGCACGAGUGUAGGCUCCCUAGUCCGUCAGGCGGUGUCAAGACUGCCCGACUGUUCCAUGUGUCAGGAGUAGACAACUCCCUAGCGCAUUGCUGCCUCAGUGCUCCUGCGUUCGCAAGGCUAGUGAAAAAGGAGCAACUGGAGGAACAGGUUUUUGUAGCCUAUGUUAGGCCAGUAACUGAGCCUAAGGAGGAGAAACCUAUAAACCCUGCUAUUGCCAAGCUGCUGGAGGAGUUUAAAGAUCUGGCUGAGCCGCCGAUAGGAGUAGUCCCGCGGCCUAUCCAGCACCGCAUUGAGAUUGAGCUUGGCAGUAGAACUCCCAAAGGAGCCGUGUAUAGGAUGUCCCCGCGGGAGUUGGAGGAGUUGCGCAAACAAUUAGACGAGCUCCUCGAGAAGGGUUGGAUUAGGCCCAGUUCAUCCCCAUUCGGGGCACCUGUUCUGUUCGUUCCCAAGAAAGAGGGAGAGCUUAGGAUGUGUAUAGACUAUAGGGGUCUGAAUGCAAUCACAGUUAAGAAUGUUGAACCACUGCCCAGGAUAGACGAUCUUUUAGAUCGGGUGCAGGGGUGCAAAUAUUUCACGAAGAUAGAUUUAAAGUCCGGAUAUCAUCAGAUAGAGGUUCAUCCUGAUGAUCACUACAAGACAACCUUCCGGACUAGAUACGGGCACUACGAGUUCAUCGUGAUGCCCUUUGGAUUAACCAACGUGCCAGCGACUUUUCAGCGAUGCAUGAAUGACCUGUUUAGGCCUUGGUUAGAUAGGUUUGUUGUAGUGUAUUUGGAUGACAUCCUAGUGUUUAGUAAGACCCUCGAAGAGCAUCGGGGUCAUCUCAGGCAGGUCUUGGAGAAGCUGAGAGAAGCUAACUUCAAGAUCAACGCCAAGAAGUGCGAAUGGGCGAAGACCCAAGUGUUGUAUUUAGGCCACGUCUUAGAUGGAGACGGCAUCAAGCCAAAGGAUAGUAAGAUCGCAUCGAUCAGAGAUUGGCCUACGCCACGUACGUUAACAGAGUUGCGGUCGUUCUUAGGCCUAGCAAACUACUAUAGGAAGUUCGUAAGGAACUUCUCCACGAUCGCUGCGCCCCUUCGCAGACUGCUCAGGAAAGAGACUAUCUGGAAGUGGGACAAAGACUGCACGUCUGCUAUGAAGAAGUUAAAGCGCACUGAUAGAGUAUCCAGUCCUUAAGGUGGCUGACCCGUCCUUACCCUUUGUCGUUACUACGAACGCCAGUCAGUACGGCAUAGGUGCUGUUCUGCAGCAAGACGAUGGCAAUGGUUAUAGGCCCGUAGAGUUCAUGUCUGCUAGGAUGCAUUCAGAGAAGGUUGCGACAUUGACCUAUGAGAGGGAACUCUACGCUCUAAGGCAAGCGCUAGAACACUGGAACCAUUACUUGCUUGGGAGACACUUCAAAGUCUAUUCUGACCAUGAGACUCUAAGAUGGUUAAAGACACAGGCCAAGAUGACACCUAAGCUUACUAGGUGGGCCGCAGAGAUAGACCAGUACGAUUUUGAGCUCAAGCCAGUCUUGGGGAAAUAUAACGUAGUUGCGGACGCUCUGAGUAGGAGAGCGGACUACUUUGGAGCGAUAGUUCACUAUCUGGAUAUAGGGAGCGACCUGCAGGAAAAGGUUAAAGAAGCGUAUGCGCAAGACCCUAUCUAUAGUGACCUCCUCAAGCGAGUAAAGGAAGCCCCAGAGA